AUGUUAAUAGGAGAAGGGCCUCACUUAACCAAUGAUGCACAAGUAAUCUACCCUCAGGAGGCUUAUCAUACAAUUAAUGCACUAGCUUCUAAGGCCUGGCAUACAUUGCCUACACCUGGCACAAAAUCAGAAGAACUAGCCAAAAUAAGGCAGGGACCUGAUGAGCCUUACCAAGAUUUUGUUUCCAGAUUUCUUCAGGCAGUUAACUGCUUAGUGCCUGACAGAGAGGCAGAAAUGUUGCUAGUAACACAGUUGGCUUAUGAGAAUGCAAAUUCAGCAUGUCAAUCCACUAUUAGACCUUGGAAAAAGAAGGGUUCACUAUUGGAUUAUAUACGUCUCUGUGCCGAUAUUGGACCAUCAUAUAUACAAGGGUUGACAUUACCUGCAGCACUGCAAGGAGCAACUAUUCAAGGAAUAGUGGAACAGCAACAGAGAAAUAAAGAAAAAGGAAGAGCGGACCCUAUUACCUGGACAUCUGAUAAUACUGUAUGGGUGGAGCAGUGGCCUUUAUCAGAGGAAAAAAUUCAAGCAGCCCAGCAAUUGGUGCAGGAACAAUUAGCUCAGGGGCACACUGAGGAAUCUAAUAGUACUUGGAAUACACCUAUAUUUGUUAUUAAGAAAAAAUCUGGAAAGUGGAGGCAAUUGCAGGAUUUAAGAGCAGUAAAUAAGACUAUGGAAAUUAUGGGGCCUUUACAACCAGGUUUGCCCUCUCUGGUGGCCAUUCCUGCAAGAUACCAUUUCAUAGUAUUAGGCUUGAAAGACUGCUUUUUCACCAUCCCAUUAUACCCUGCAGAUUGUAAAAGAUUUGCCUUCAGUGUUCCUUCAACCAAUUUUAAGGAACCAAUGCAGAGAUAUCACUGGAGAGUUUUGCCCCAGGGCAUGGCAAAUAGUCCCACAUUGUGUCAAAAAUUUGUGGCUACAGCUGUUAAAGAGAUUCAAAAGAUACAUCCAGAAGCCUAUGUAAUCCAUUAUAUGGAUGAUGUUUUAGUGGCUCAUCAUGAUCCAGAAAACUUAAAAGUGAUUUACUCAGAGUUGGAACUUCAACCAAAUAGAUUUGGCCUUGUCAUAGCCCCCAAAAAGAUUCAACAGACCAUGCCUUAUAAUUACUUAGGGAAAUUGAUAGAAGGACGGAAAGUAAGGCCACAACAAUUUCAGUUCAGAACAGACAGUCUAUCCACCUUGAAUGAUUUCCAAAAACUUUUGGGGGACAUUAAUUGGAUAAGGCCUUCUUUAGGCUUAACCAUGGGUGAAUUAAAACCACUAUUUGACAUACUCUGUGGCAACCCUGACCCUCGUAGUCCUCGAGAAUUAACCAUUGAGGAACAACAGGCUCUAGAGAUGGUAGAGAACGCUAUCUCACAACAACAGGUAAUUAGAAUUGAUUACACAAAAGCCUGGCAACUAAUUAUCUUACCUACAAAUUAUUUCCCUACUGGUUUGUUUUGGCAAGAAGCUCCAAUAGAAUGGAUUCAUUUAUCUUCCUCCAGAAAAAAGGUUAUCACACCUUAUGCCAUGUCAGUGGCACAAUUAAUAUUGCAGGGUAGAAAAAGAGCUAUAGAGUUAUUUGGGAAACAGCCUGCCACUAUUAUUGUGCCUUACAGUUCCAUGCAGCAACAGUGGUUGUGGCAAAAUGAAACUUUAUGGCAGAUUGCUUUUUCAGAUUACAGUGGACAGAUCAACUGCCAUUAUCAAUCAGAUAAAUUAUUACAGCUAUUCAUUCAAAACCCUGUGAUAUUUCCAAAAACUACCUCUAAAGAACCUCUGUCUGAUGCUCUUCUAGUGUUUACUGAUGGGUUGAUGUCUGGAAUUGCCAGCUAUGUUAUCAAUAAUCAGGGCUAUACAUUGAAUACUAAAGAAACCUCUGCACAGAGAGUAGAGUUAGUAGCUGUCAUUGCAGUAUUUAAAUGCUUGCAAGAUGUAAAAUUUAAUUUGUACACAGAUUCUAAAUACAUUGUAUCUAUCAUUCAAGGUUUGGAGACGGCUACCCUGACUGACAGUGAUCCCUCUACAGUAAUAACUGCGCUCUUGUCUUUACAGCAACUGAUUCAGCAACGAACCUUACCUUGUUUUGUGGGACAUAUCAGAGCUCACUCAAUUCUCCCUGGACCUUUAGCAGAAGGAAAUGCACAAGCAGACAUGUUGACUCAUGGCACUUUCUUAGUUAUUUCCUCUAUUGAACAAGCACAAGCCUCACAUGCUCUGCAUCAUCAAAAUGCUUCCGGUUUAAGAAAACAAUUUAACGUUACUCGUGAAGCCAACUGA